UCAAUUCAGUCUUCCGCCGGCAGCCGCACGGAGCGGACGUAUCGAUAAGUGAUACGAGACUCGAUCGUAUUGGAUUUCUACAUUGAUAUCGUUCGACUACAGACGUUGCUGUAAAUUGGUAACACGAGCGGCUAUAACACUGUCGACGCUGCCCACCCCACGCGAGCCGAUCCGCGGUGAUUUAAGAUGGCGUCCAAAGCCAUUUACGAAGCAACCGGCAAAGACCUUAUAACCAGGCAUAUAGGGUCUGGUACAGCAUUAGUACCAUGUCGGUUCGCUGUCUUCGAGGAGGGCACCGUCUGGGAGGACGAGAUCGGGAAGAACCCGUGGCUCACCAAAGAGUCGCUGGUAGUGAAGCCGGACCAGCUGAUCAAGCGGCGCGGCAAGCUGGGUCUAGUCGGUGUGAACAAGACAGCGGCUGACGUGCGCCGCUGGCUUGCGGACCACACUGGCAAGGAACAGCAAGUCGGUGCCGCUCUUGGAAAGUUACGACGCUUCGUCGUCGAGCCUUUUGUCAAACAUGACGCUAACGAGGAGAUGUACCUCUGCAUCCAGUCAGGUCGUCGCUCUGACACCAUUCUGUUCCAUCAUCAAGGAGGUGUUGAUGUCGGCGAUGUGGAUGCCCUGGCUCUUAGACUGGAGGUUCCAGUAGAUACGUUCCCCAGCGGAGAGGAUGUCGACACACAUCUUCUAAAGAAUGUUAAAUCAACUUCUGUCAGAAGGAUAAUAACCACUUUCAUACUAUCUCUUUACAAAGUAUACGUAGAUUUGCACUUCACGUAUAUGGAAAUCAAUCCUAUCGUGGUGACAGGCGACAGGAUAUAUUUACUAGAUCUAGCCGCUAAGCUAGACCAGACGGCGGACUUCAUCUGCGCCAAGCACUGGGGGGAGGUGGCCUUCCCUCCCCCCUUCGGCAGGGACGCCUACCCCGAGGAGGCGCAUAUCGCAGACUUGGACGCUAAGAGUGGAGCCAGCUUAAAGCUGACGGUGUUGAACAAAUCCGGGCGCGUGUGGACGAUGGUGGCGGGCGGCGGCGCGUCGGUGGCGUACAGCGACACGGUGUGCGCGCUGGGCGGCGCGGCCGAGCUCGCCAACUACGGGGAGUACUCGGGCGCGCCCACGGAGGCGCAGACCGCGGACUACGCGAGGACCAUAUUCAGCCUCAUGUGUAGGGAGAAACAUCCCGACGGCAAGGUGCUGAUCAUAGGCGGUGGCAUCGCCAACUUCACGAACGUGGCGGACACCUUCCGCGGCAUCAUCAGCGCCAUCGAGACAUACAAGGACGCGCUGCUGCAGUACAACGUCACCAUCUUUGUGCGCAGGGGUGGACCUAAUUACCAGGAGGGGCUACGGCAAAUGCGUGAAGUGGGCCAGCGCCUACGUAUACCGCUGUACGUGUUUGGACCUGAGAGCAAUAUGACAGCGAUCGUGGGCCUGGCGCUGGGACACUCGCCUAUACCGCAGGAACACCAGCUAGAUUACGCGCCUAAACAAUUACCUAAACCAAAACCUGUGCCUGCGCCUAAAUUGGAUCUACCAGUGUUGACCCCAGCGCUGUUGGACCUAGUCUGCUCGCAGGCGCCUACGCGGAUGGACCUAGGACAGCCGCUGAGUACUGCACGGCCACUCUUAACUGACAGGACUAAAGCUAUCAUCUGGGGAAUGCAGAAUAGAGCUAUACAGGGCAUGUUGGACUUUGACUAUAUCUGUAGGCGCGCGGAGCCUUCCGUUGUAGCCAUCGUGUACCCUUUCACUGUGGACCACAAACAGAAGUAUUAUUUCGGAAAUAAAGAAGUUUUUAUACCUGUUUUCUCUGAUAUGGACGUGGCGAUGCGUAAACACCAGGAAGCGACAGUACUCGUCACUUUUGCGUCUCUCCGCUCCGCUUAUGACAGCACUAUACAGGCGAUGCAGCAUCCACAAAUUAACACAAUAGUGAUAAUAGCUGAAGGCAUUCCAGAGAAUAUGACUAGAAAAUUAAUCAAAGUGGCUGACCAAAGAGGGGUGACAAUAAUAGGUCCAGCGACAGUGGGAGGCAUCAAGCCAGGAUGUUUCAAGAUCGGCAACACUGCUGGAAUGAUUGACAACAUCAUUGACAGCAAGCUGUACCGUCCUGGAAGCGUGGCGUAUGUAUCGCGAUCUGGUGGAAUGAGCAACGAGCUGAACAACAUCCUCUCCAAGGAGGCGGACGGCGUCUGCGAAGGUGUGGCCAUCGGAGGUGACAGAUACCCCGGCACCACCUUCCUUGAUCACCUCCUUAGGUUUGAAGCGGACCCCAACGUGAAGAUGCUGGUGGUGCUGGGCGAGGUGGGCGGCGUGGAGGAGUACCACAUCUGCCGCGCCAUCCGCGACAAGCUGAUUACCAAGCCCAUGGUGGCCUGGUGCAUCGGCACCUGCUCAGAUAUGUUCUCAUCAGAAGUACAGUUCGGGCACGCGGGUUCUCUCGCCGGCUCCACUUUAGAGAAGGCGGCCGCUAAGAAUGCUGCUUUAAAGACAUUCGGUGUUACUGUACCGGAUUCUUUCGAUAGUUUGGGCAAGGCGAUGCACCAGGUGUACCAGAAGCUGGUGGACCAGGGCAAGAUCAUCGUUAAGGAGGAGGUGGAACCACCUAAAGUUCCUAUGGAUUACGAUUGGGCAAGGAAGCUGGGUAUAAUCCGCAAGCCGGCGGCGUUCAUCAGCACGAUCUGCGACGAGCGCGGCCAGGAGCUGUCGUACUGCGGCGUGCCCAUCAGCCAGGUGCUGGCGCGCGGCCUCGGCGUCGGCGGCACCGUCAGCCUGCUCUGGUUCCAGCGCGAGCUGCCGCCGUGGGCGUGUCGGUUCAUCGAGCUGGUGGUCAUCGUGACCGCGGACCACGGGCCUGCGGUGUCGGGCGCUCACAACACGAUGGUGACGGCGCGCGCCGGCAAGGACCUCAUCUCCUCAGUCGUCAGCGGAAUGCUCACUAUUGGAGACAGGUUCGGUGGAGCCCUAGACCGGGCUGCGGCGGACUUCUGCGCCGCGUAUGACAAGGGACAACACCCACAGGAGUUUGUUAACGAGAAGAGGGCAAAGGGAGAACUUAUUAUGGGUAUCGGACAUAGAGUGAAGUCGAUCAACAACCCGGACUCGCGCGUGCGCGAGCUGAAGGCGUACGUGACGUCACAGUGGCCGGCGUGGCCCGUGACGCGCUACGCGCUGGACGUGGAGGCCAUCACCACGCGCAAGAAGCCCAACCUCAUCCUCAACGUCGACGGCAUCGUCGCCGCCGCCAUGGUCGACCUCUUCCGCCACUGCCAGCUCUUCACGCAAGAGGAGGGUAAUAAUUACAUCCAGAUGGGUGCUAUAAAUGCGCUGUUCGUGUUGGGGCGCACUAUCGGCCUGGUGGGGCACUACCUCGACCAGAAGCGCAUGAAGCAGCCCCUCUACCGCCACCCCUGGGACGACAUCACCUACAUGCCGCCCCACAACUAGAUCUGAUAACAAAUCCAAUAUAUAUUCAUUAUAUCGAUGGGUGAAAACUGUUUUAACCGCUAUAAAAAUAAUUCAGGGGACCCAAAGUUUUUUUUUAUAUAAAAAAACAUGAAAAAUAAUUCUGAAAAUCAUUUUUAUAUGAUUUUCAAACAGAUUCUAGAUAAAAUUACUAUAUUUGUGUACUUUAUUCAAUCUACUGACUUUUUUGGACUAUAUUUGGAUUGUUUCAAGCGUCACAAAAUAUCUCUGAUCUUAAAGAAACCUAAACGACGCAGAAUAAUUUGCUGAUUCUGAACAUAUAUAUCAUAAAUGUGAAAGUUACGAUGUAUGGAUGUUUGUUAACAUUUGUAGCCUAAACGGAUGAACGGAUCUAGAUG